GCAGAUAUAUCAGUGAUCGGGAAAGUUCCACACUGUUCAGUCAAAUACUUUCAUUUUCUGCGUUUCUCUAAGUUUUCCGUGCGUAGUCUCUACAUUAAUGCAUAUAGAAUAUAUUUACUGUGUCUUGGUUUAAAAAAAGACCCUGCGAUGGGAACCAGAGGGGGAGGCACUCCUGCUGCCAUCAUUCUGCUAGCAGUAUUCAGUGCCAUCGGAGGCUUCCUAUUUGGCUAUGACACUGGUGUAGUCUCAGGAGCUAUGAUACUUGUAAGAGAUGAAUUUGAGCUGAGCACAUUGUGGCAUGAGCUGAUUGUGUCGUCCACUAUUGGUGCUGCCUGGCUGGCAGCAUUGGUUGCUGGUCCUGCAACAGAUCGGUUUGGACGGCGACCAGUGAUUCUUGUUGCAAGUGUAGUGUUUACUGUUGGAGCAGUGGUAAUGGGAGCAGCUCCAGAAAAGGUGACGCUACUGAUUGGAAGAAUAAUUGUCGGACUAGGAAUAGGUAUGGCUUCGAUGUCAGUGCCAGUAUAUCUGAGUGAAUCAUCCCCUGCUGAUCUACGUGGCCGCAUCACUGUAACCAACAAUAUCUUCAUCACUGGUGGUCAGCUGGUUGCAUCUCUGAUCUGCGGUGCCUUUUCAAAAGUUACGCACGGUUGGAGGUAUAUGCUCGGUCUAGCAGCUUUACCUUCUGUUAUGCAACUGAUGGGCUUUGCAUUUAUGCCAGAAAGCCCAAGAUGGCUGAUACUCAAAGGCAGAUUGGAAGAGGCACGGCAGGUUCUACAGAAAAUUAGGCCUGUAGAUGCUGACAUAGAAGGAGAAGUAGAGGCUAUAAUGCAUGCAGCUUCUAAUGAUGUGGAAGAGGGUAGUAUUACUAAGGUUUUCCAGUCUGGACCAGUAAGAAGAGCACUCUUCAUUGGCUGCCUCCUCCAGCUUUUCCAGCAAAUAUCUGGUAUUAACACUGUCAUGUACUACAGUGCCUCCAUCAUUAGCAUGGCAGGAGUGAGGGACCAGAGCCAAGCUAUAUGGUUGGCUGCUGCAACAUCUUCCGUGAAUUUCUUUGGUACAUUCAUUGGUCUGUGGCUGGUUGAGCGUGUCGGGCGGCGUUCACUUACUUUAGGAUCCUUGCUGGGAAGUACAGCAUCUUUACUUAUCCUUGCAUUAAGCUUCCAGAUGGCUUACAUUCACAGUCCAGAUGUUCUGGUUCCCUCAACCACAGAUGAAUGCCAGGCUUCCAAUUGUGGAGUUUGCACAAGCAGAUCUGAGUGUGGCUUUUGCUUCAUUGGUGAAGUUGGCAACAUAAUGAACUCUUCCUGUGUUACAGCAGAUCAUGCAGCAUUCAAUGAGAUGAGUGUCUCUGGAAUUUGUGCCAAUAAGACUCUCCUAGAUGAUGAUUUUGCAAUCUUCGCAUACGACUGGUGUCCUUAUCAGUAUGCUUGGAUCUCCAUCCUGGGUCUAGGACUCUACUUGGCAUUUUUCUCUCCAGGUAUGGGACCAAUGCCAUGGACCAUCAAUAGUGAAAUUUAUCCAGGUUGGGCACGCUCAACUUGCACCAGCAUCACCACUGCAGUUAAUUGGGCUUCAAACCUUCUUGUGUCACUGACUUUUCUCACUCUUACUGAAGUUCUGCUCAAACAUGGUGCAUUCUACUUGUACAUGGGUUUAGCUGCCAUUGGUUUCCUUACUUUCUACUUCAUUCUUCCGGAAACCCGUGGAGUUCCACUAGAAAACAUGGAGAGACUCUUUUCUAAACCAUUUUGUUCGAGGCAAAGCCGAGAAAGAACAAGUACUUAGUUUAUAACCAUAUACAGGACAAAUAUGAUUUUUUUUGUCAGUUAUUGUAUACAGUACAAAUACAACUUGUCUUAUGUUAGACUUCAGAUUUUAUUACAGAGUUAUUGUUCUACCAUAAAUACACAAGUAUUUGUGUAAAAGCAUAUGUAUAUGUAAAUGUAUGGAAUGCAGAUCCUUUAUACAAAACAUAAAAUGGACAACCGCCAA